CAAGUAUACCACGUCCACCGCCACCCCUCUGUCCAAGUAUACCACGUCCACCGCCACCCCUCUGUCCAAGUAUACCACGUCCACCGCCCCCUCUGUCCAAGUAUACCACGUCCACCGCCACCCCUCUGUCCAAGUAUACCACGUCCACCGCCACCCCUCUGUCCAAGUAUACCACGUCCACUGCCACCCCUCUGUCCAAGUAUACCACGUCCACUGCCACCCCUCUGUCCAAGUAUACCACGUCCACUGCCACCUCUCUGUCCAAGUAUACCACGUCCACUGCCACCCCUCUGUCCAAGUAUACCACGUCCACUGCCACCCCUCUGUCCAAGUAUACCAUGUUCACCGCCACCCCUCUGUUCAAGUAUACCACGUCCACCGCCACCCCUCUCUACACCGAGUUCACUAUAUGAACCACUGAUGUAUUUAUACAUGGAGAUCAUAUCCCCCCUUAUGUACUAUACAUGGAGAUCAUAUCCCCCCUUAUGUAUUAUACAUGUAUACCACGUCCACCGCCACCCCUCUGUCCAAGUAUACCACGUCCACCGCCACCCCCUCUGUCCAAGUAUACCACGUCCACCGCCACCCCUCUGUCCAAGUAUACCACGUCCACCGCCACCCUCUGUCCAAGUAUACCACGUCCACUGCCACCCCUCUGUCCAAGUAUACCACGUCCACUGCCACCCCUCUGUCCAAGUAUACCAUGUUCACCGCCACCCCUCUGUUCAAGUAUACCACGUCCACCGCCACCCCUCUGUCCAAGUAUACCACGUCCACUGCCACCCCUCUGUGCAAGUAUACCACGUCCACUGCCACCCCUCUGUGCAAGUAUACCACGUCCACUGCCACCCCUCUGUGCAAGUAUACCACGUCCAUCCCUCUGUCCAAGUAUACCACAUCAACUGCCCCCCUCUGUCCAAG